UGGGUUAUACUGAAGUUUUCGAGUGGUAAAUAUAUUAGGGAGGGCUGCCAGUGGAUGUUAAGAGGGGUGGCACUGACACCAGCCAGCUGCCUCACUGCCACACACGUCAUCUUCCUGCUAACAUGGCACCAGUCUUUGGCUAUUGGAAAAUACGUGGGUUGGGACAGUCCAUCAGGCUGUUGCUGGAGUACCUCGGCACGGAGUACGAAGAAAAGUUCUAUAACAUCGGUCCAGCUCCAGACUUUGACAGAUCUGAGUGGCUCAACGAGAAGUUCAAACUGGGACUUGAUUUACCCAAUCUUCCAUACUACAUUGAUGGCGACAUCAAAAUCACUCAGAGUCAUGCCAUCCUGCGCCACUUGGGUCGUCAGAACAACAUGUGUGGCAAGACUGAGAAAGACAAGAUAAAGGUGGACAUGCUCGAGCACCAAGCCAUGGACAUACGUAUGGUAUAUGCCCGAUUCGCCUAUAUGAACUACCCCACAGAAAAAGACCAGUACCUUAAGGACAUUAAGACAAUAGUGAAGGCAGUCUCUGACCUCCUGGGCAGUCAACCAUGGUUCGCAGGUGACCAAAUCACCUUCCCUGACUUUCUGAUCUACGAACUUUUGUCUGUCCACCUGGAGUUGGAUCCCACCUGCCUUGAUAACGCCAACAACCUUAAAGAGUAUGUGAAACGCUUCGAGCAGCUUCCGAAUAUCAAGAAGUACAUGGAAUCUUCAAGGUUCAUCAAGAAACCGAUAACUAUGCCUACGGCACACCAUGGGAAUAUUUAAAUCUUACUCUUAUAAGCAAUAUAGCAAUGCCUGAAGUUAACAGUGUAUUGUACUUUUAAAUUGAUUUUGCCGAAAGUUUCCACUGGCUUAAUCUAGUAACGAAAGCUAAUGGAAUUGCACGAUUAAUAAUGCUUUCAGUUUAUAAACCAUAAGGACUUUCAUGUCUUACAACAUAAGUUUUGUUGCACACUUCAGAGCUAAACAAAAAAUACAAAAAGCUGAUGUCUUGAGGUGGCCAAUAGCUAGAUUGCUAGAGCACUCAGCUCACACACUGAGGUCAGGUACAGGUGGAAACAAUUAGGACGAGAUUCCUUAAGACACCUGACGUCCCUCCACCUAGCAGUGAACUAGGUACCUGGGUGUUAGUAGACAGGUGUGGGCCGCAUUAUGCUCUGCAUAGCGAGGGGCUUUAUAAUAUUAAGUAUACCUUGUACAUGUAUUUUUAAAAAUGGAUUGGUAAAUGCUAACAGCUGAAUAUAAUUGCAGUUCAUGGAUCAGCUGAACCAUAAGUUUGAAUUAAUAAAUUUAAUGAAAAAUAACAUGAAAAUAAAAAAUAUUAAAUCCUCAAGAAAAAGUAUUUAAGCAUAUUACAUUCAGUAUAGGACCACUAAACCCGUAAGGGUUUUACAGCACUUGGGGAGGGGGGGUAUAUGGAAGGCACUAGUCAUGCCCAAUUCCGUGAAUCAAAAGCUUCUCACCAGCAUCAAGGAACCUCUUAGAGAGAAAUACUAAGUAUAUAUGAAUACAUUUACAAUAUUCUAAACUUUGAAGUUUAGGAAAUUUUAAUAUAAAUCUUUAAGCACUUAAUACUUAUUAUACACGUGUCUUGCACGAGGAAAUAAAUUAGGCCCAUAAAACGCCCGGAAUAAGAGGCGCAGUCAAGAGUCCAUUUAUGGGCAAAUAGCGCUAAUUCCUUUGAUCAAGAACCCUUCACAGGCAUCAAGGCACCUACCUCCCUUGAAGAGCAUGCUUAUCACCUGCUGCACAUACUAUACUCAAUGUUAUUGUCUUUCCAUAUACGCAGUCUGUUUCAGCCUUACCUCAUGUCUGCUCCAGACCUAAUUUAUCUCUAAUAAAAAGUUCAGCAUAA